UGUGAACCGAAGGUGGCCACACCCAUUUCACAUUACCUCUGAUCGCUAGCACUGCACUAUACCAUAUCCAUAUCUAUCAUGUCUCUCUCGUCUCGAUUGAAGGUGAUUUUGGGGACUGGAGACUUCAGAAGAAGAGGUUUUCUUGAAGAGAAGGAGUGCUUCAAUGCGUUGAACCUCUUCUUAUCUCGAGGCGGCCGAAAUGUCGACACUGCUCUUGUGUAUGCACAUCCUGAGGGGUCGUCUGAUGAGACCAUUGGCAAGUACACGGCAACUAGCCCCAACGGAUCUCAACUGUCUGUCGGCACUAAGAUCAAUCAAUUUGGGGAAUACACUUUUAAGAAGGAGUGUGUCUACGAACAAGCUAACAAAUGUCUGACCAAUCUGCAAACAUCUUGUGUGGACAUUCUCUACCUCCACUCCCCUGAUCAUGCCACGCCCAUCGAGGAGACGCUGGAGGCAAUGCAACAGCUGUACACAGAGGGCAAGUUCAAGGAGCUAGGUGUGUGCAACUAUGCCUCGUGGGAGGUAGCCAAUAUCUGCCAGAUCUGUAAGAGCAGAGGAUGGGUCUCACCAACCGUCUAUCAGGGAAUGUACAACGCAAUAACAAGAAAUGUUGAGAAGGAGCUGCUGCCUGCUUUGAGGUACUUUGGACUUAGGUUCUACGUCUAUAACCCUACUGCCUGUGGCAUGUUGACAGGAAAGUACCGCUACUCUGACUUUGAGAACACGAGGGGAGAGCUUAAAGAGGGGCGAUUCUUCAUCGACCCACAGUUCUCUUCUUUGUACCGAGACAGAUAUUGGCGUGAGAGUGUGUUUAAGGGGGUGGAGCUAGUGAGGGGUGCUCUGGAUGAGAGUUACGGAGUGGGCAAAGUCAGUCUAGUCAGUGCUGCCUACAGGUGGCUCAACCAUCACUCGCAACUCAGCCCAGAACAUGGAGGUGUGUUGUUUGGUAUAUUUUGUAUUCGAUGCCUGUUUUUUGUUGAUAAUUUGAAAGUGAAAGUCUUAUCUUAACUGAAGUUUUGCUUUUGCUAGUCUUUUCAUUAGUUAGCAGUAGUUGUAGUUUAUAACUGGAAAAUUUGGUGGGUGUUUUAAGGCGAUUUGACGAAUUUUACCGAAGAUCGCCACAUUUAAAAUUAAAAUAAAAGUUUUCCAGUGGACACAACGUCAUUGCCAUGCCUAAGACGCAAAAUUAAAUGAAAGCACUGCGGGUGCUGAUGCCUCGGUGGAGGUGCCAACAUAAAAUUACUAAUAGCUAGCUUUUAUACACACAUUCAUUGAUUAUAAUUAUCAUGAUGAACAUCUUUAAUUUUACUGCAUGCAAUCAACCAAAUGAUCAACCAUGAUUGUUGUUAAAAACGAUCGAUGCCAAAAGUUCAAGUCUAAAAUUAAUGGCCGGCUGCAAGUCAGCAGAGCCUUGCAGCUCUCUGCUCACUCUUGCAGCUACCAAUAGCUAGCGUUCUAGUGCAGAGCUAACUACUAAGUAGAGUAGUAACACUUGGUGAACAAGUUUUGCUACGGACUCUUCUGAAAAGGCUGCAAUGGCAUUCCAAGUAAGCCAAACUAGGCAUAACUCGAGAACGAAGCAUUAUUUUGCAAAUCCACGAAUUAAAAUCCAAGUAAACAUGACUAGAAGCCUAUAGAAACUCUUACUUGCACUUGAUUCAUCCUUGAGCAGCUGUAGCGGUCUACACAGACACACACAGAGACACACAAACACACUACUGUAUACCUCGCUUGCGCAUGUGCACCGAGG